AUGCACACGGUUAAUGUGUUUUGUGGCCUUGUUCGAGGUGAUACAUCGGUGCGUCUUGGUCACCAUCAGUGUAACAGUGCUUCGUUCCGCAACUCGUCAACCGGCCGCGCCCCGUGCAGUGACGCAAUGUUUAUUUACACGCUUGCACUUGUCCCGAUCGCCAUCUUCCUACUUCUGCGGUACAUUUAUUCGCACUGGGAACGGUAUGGACUGCCACAUUUGAAGCCGGAGAUUCCAUAUGGCAACCUGCGGACGGUUGUGGAAAAGAAGGAAUCGUUUGGUGUCGCCAUCAACAAUCUGUACCACCGGUCGUCCGACCGUCUGCUAGGUGUGUACCUGUUCUUCCGUCCGGCCAUCCUAGUGCGCGAUCCGUACCUAGCGAAACGCAUCAUGGUCAACGAUUUCCAGCAUUUCCACGAUCGUGGCGUCUACUGCAAUGAGAAGAGUGACCCAUUCUCGGCCAAUCUGUUCGCCCUGUCCGGUGAGCGGUGGAAGAGCUUGCGUGCGAAGCUAACGCCAACGUUCACGUCCGGGCAACUGCGCAAUAUGUUACCCACCCUGCUGGCCGUCGGUGGUAAGCUGCUCGACCGGAUGAACACGCUGGCGGACGAAAAAUCGGUCGUGGAUAUGCGUGACAUUGCGCAACGGUACGUGCUCGACACGAUCGCUUCCGUGUUCUUUGGCUUCGAAGCGAACUGUAUCCAUGACUCGGAGGAUCCGUUCAUGAAGACACUGCUGCAGGUAAACAAUCGGCGCGGCUUUGUCGACAACAUCCGCACGUCCGGUGUGUUUAUCUGUCCGGGGUUGCUUAAGCUCACCGGACUUACGUCGCUGCCUACCGAGUUGAUUAAUUUCGUCAUGGAGAUAAUUACGCGUCAGAUCGAUCAUCGCGAGAAGAAUCAGAUCAGCCGCAAAGACUUUGUCCAGCUGUUGAUCGAUUUGCGCCGUAACGCGGGAAGCGUUGGGGAGCAAGCCCUAUCCAUCGAACAGUGUGCGGCCAAUGUGUUUCUUUUCUACAUUGCCGGAUCAGAGACGUCUACUUUGACGAUUUCGUACACGCUGCACGAACUCACUCACAACCCGGAAGCGAUGGCAAAGCUGCAGCAAGAAAUUGACGAAAUGAUGGAACGGUACAAUGGUGAAAUCACGUACGAAAACAUCAACGAGAUGAAGUAUAUCGACUAUUGUAUAAAGGAAACGCUUCGAAAGUAUCCGGGCCUACCGAUACUGAACCGCGAGUGUACGAUCGAAUAUGCGGUGCCGGACAGUGACAUUGUCAUUCGCAAAGGGACGCAGGUUGUCAUUCCUUUGCAUAGCAUCGCUAUGAAUGAGAAGUACUUCCCGAAUCCGGAACUCUAUUCGCCGGAGCGGUUCGACGAUGCCACGAAAAAUUACGACCCCGAUGCUUACUAUCCGUUCGGGACUGGACCACGCAACUGUAUUGGUCUUCGGCAGGGUGUUCUGGUGGCUAAAAUUGGUCUAGUAUUAUUGCUGUCCAAGUACAAAUUCCGAUCCACAAUUCCAGCCAAGGUGAAGUUUGCGGCCAUCAAUGUGGGUCUUACUCCGGUGGCUGGUUUACCCAUGCGGAUAGAGCACAGGAAGUAA